ACCGACACUGGAGGUAUUUGCAGAUUUUUUCCCCUUUCUGAUUAAAUAAUGUGCUGGAACUUUUACUUCGGUUUCUGCCCAGCCCAUCAUCCUUCAGCGAGUUGUUCCUGAGAGCUGUGCUCGGGAUUCGAUCCCGUGUGGUCAGGAGUCCGGUAUCCCGAGUUUGGUACGAGGGAUUCCAGGCUUUGCCACCGGGCUGGAAGUCAUGAAAAAACUCUCACGAUUAGCUUUUAAUGGUGGCAGUCACUGGUGAUACAUCAGUUUCUACAGUAUCAUGUUAAUAGAAGUUGAACAAUGUUCCUUACAUGACGAAGCAUAUAACAGGACAACCCUCAGACCAGUAACUAGGAACCAAUGGAUCCCAAUGUCUCUGGAGAAGGGCAAGACCAGCCAUCAGAGCAGUCUCUUUAUUUAUCUCCCAGCUUGAGAGGACGGCAACGGAAGAAAAACUCAAAAUAUUCUGAUUUUGAGACGGAUGUUACGGACGUUGUUACAAGCGUCAAAAAGAAAUCUAGAAAGUCAGCGGGGACAGGAGUAGCUUCUGAAAAGAGCCCUACAAAACAUAGAAAAACUAAAGAACACAAAAUCCAUCUAGACUCUGUUGAACAGACAGUACUAGUAACCCCUAAAAGACCAGGAAGACCUAAAAAAACACAGUUAGAGACGACACCUUCAAUAAUUGCCACUGCUGGUGGGGAUCUACCGAGCGGAGAAGCUGGAGGUGCUGUUGUAGAAAAUUCUGUCCAGCAGGAAAAUGGGACACCAAAGCCAAAGAGAAAGUAUGUCAGAAAGAAGCCUGCAGAGAAAAUUAGAGACCCAGCAGAUGAAAAGAAUCCAGGAGAUCCUGAGCCUGAUGUGGAGGUUGAAUCUGGGGGCCGUUGCAGGAGAGGGGCUGCAAAAGUGGCACUGAGGUACCUUCACUUUUUGACGAAAGAGGUGCUCUCUCAUCCCAGAGAUGAAACAGGCUCCAAGCUGCAUGAAGACAGAUUAUCCGAACAGAAAGGUUCCAAAAAAACAAAAGGCCGAAAGAGAAAACGCAACGACAGUGAGGCUGCAGACGAUGAAGACUUUGUGCCAAAUUUCAAAGACGAAGAACAAGAUGAAGCUGAUGAAGAGGAACCUGAAGGGGGAGAGGUGUCAGACGCUGACUCAGAUAUUGUGGAACAAGGGAGAUUUUCACCAGGUUUUCACAUUAACAGGCAACAUCAUAUUGGCUCACAUGGCAAACCUCACAAUGGAAUGGAGUUUAGUAUCAUAAAAACAAUUAUGGACGCUGCUGAGACAACAAAGAAAUUCCGGGAAGAGCACUACAGCAGCUGGGUGUUCCCAGAAUGGGUUCCUUCUUCUAACGGCUGGGAGCCUGUGCCAGAAAAUGAAUUAGAAAAAUACCUUCCUCAAGAACUGGAGUCAGCUGCUUUCAAAGUGUCCAGAGAAGGUCUAACGCAGGAAGAGACACCUCUGCUAAGAAUUAGCAGGUUUGAGGCAAUGCCAGCUCACCCGCAUCGCUGGGACAUGGUUCUGUUUGCUGGUGGACCCGUCUGGGCCCUGGAGUGGUGUCCAACACCUGGUGGGGCUCCUGCCUCCCAGUACAUUGCUAUUGCUUGCCAUCAAGGGAUGGAUGACCUGCACUGUGUGAACCGGACCUGCUCAGGACCAGGUCUCGUUCAGCUGUGGGACUGUGGCAAACUGGAGUAUGACAGCAGACCAGACUCUCAGCCCUCCCUGGUUUAUGGUUUGGCUCAGGACAAAGGCUUCAUCAGGCAGUUAAAGUGGUGCCCCGCAGGAGGUUGGGAGCUACCUAACUGUGUCAGAAACGCUCCUUUCUUGCCCAGAUUGGGUCUGCUGGCAGUAGCCACGUCCAGUGGUGUGGUCACCAUUUAUAGUCUGCCUCACCCUGAUGCUCUACUCUCAAACACAAAGCUCGCAAACUCUGAAAGUAGCAAUGGAAAGCCGAUUUACAAGGCACGAGGUGUCAUAACGUUGAAAUUGGGCAGCAUCAAAUCUCCUCGCAAAGAAAGGAGUGGACAGGUCCUGUCUAUGGAUUGGCUGCCUCAAAAACCACACCACUUAAUGGCUAUUGGAUUCUAUGAUGGUAUAGUUGGACUCUGGGAUCUUUCAACGAAAUCUUCCCUGUUGCGAGUCCGAGAGUCAGACAGGUCUUUGAGUCUGCUGCCCUAUCGAUGCAUACUCGCUCAUGACCAUGCAGUCCGAGCUCUGGUCUUCUGUCCUGCAUCCAGAUACUUGUUGAUGACAGCGGGUGAGGACCGCUACUUGAAGACGUGGGAUCUGAGGAGGCUCUGUGACCCUGUCAAGGUUCAAAAACGCCACCUGACCACUGAGCUCUGCUGGCCGUUAGACUCACCUGGGGUCCUGAUUGCCCAAGAAUCUGCCUUUGUACCGAGGAAUUCAAUGGGAGUUCAUUAUGUUGAUCACUACCUGCGCUCCUACUUUGCCAUUCCUAGGAAUACAUCUGUGUGGUCCGUGUCACACUCUGAGUGGCUGCACUGCGUGUUGUCAUCAGAUACACUCGGCGAGGUGAUUCUCUCCAUGUUACCGCUGGCCCGCUAUACUCUAAGAUGUGUCAAGAAAACAGACAUGAGACGUUUCCCAACCUACCUCACAUCUAUGGUGCCUUAUGAAGCAACUGAAGGAGAAAAUAAAGGAAAGAAAAAACGAAGGGUACCUGUUAGUGGUGGGCAGGAAGCAGGAGAGACAGAAACAUCAGACGCGGAAGCCGAAAGAGCAAAGGAGGAGGAUAAUCCGAGAGGAAAAUUUCAUCUGAAGUUUCAGACGUACAAAGAGGCUGUUAAGAAGUACUACCUACACUUUAAAGACUUGGACAUGCGAAACCUUACAGGACUCAGUAAGCGAGCUUUGUGGAAACGCAUGAAGAGCACAGAAGUAAAAGCAACUAUUAACAUGGAUGACAUGCCUUUGGCUGCACUGUACAAGACUCGUUUCAACCCGAACAUGAGCAGCCAUGUCUGGAUUGUUUCUGGGGGUCAGACGGGUCUAGUGAGACUUCACUGUGCGAGGACCUUUAUCACCCCACAAGUCAAGACAAUGAUUGGUGAUCAUCAGGCCCAGUUCAGAGCGCUAUACUCGAUACAGAACCAAAACGAUGGUGUCCAGAUGGCAGCAGAGCAGCUAUAGCCGGAGCUUUAUCUCACUGCACAUUCAGAAGGUGAAAAACCAUAUCAGUAAAUUCUGAAAAAAUACCCUCAAAUAAAUCUUUACUUGUUUUAAAAGCAGAUUUGGAUGUUAUGAGUCAGUUUGCAAAACAAUGUUAUUUCAAGCCCCAUAAAACACGACGGCAUGUUACAUGUGUUGAUCCGUAAAAACAGGUAACCAGGAACUCCAGAAUUUUGAAUCAUCAUCUUUUGAAAUGCACAGAAGCCACUGGAGUGGUGAAGGAAGGUGUACAUUUUAAACUGACUGUCCACAGCCGUUAACAGCAGAAAUCAUUACCUUAAACCCACACAACAAGCAUGGUUGAUGCCCUGUAACAUCAACAAAGAGAAGUCUUUUUGGGUCCCAGUGCUGAAAGUACGGCAGAUGUUUUUAGUCCUAUGUUGAUCAUUUCAGUCAGUUUCUUUACAGAAACGUUGUCAGCAAAGUGCCUUUUGUCUACUUUUUAUUAGUGAUAAUAUGCAUUUUGCUUUGGAAUAUUGUUUUUCUUUGGGUGGGGGGGUUAUUAUAGGACAUUUGAAUACCGUCAUAUUUUCCUCCUCAGUGUUAAAGGUAUUACAUACUGUACAGAAACAUCAACAUGAAUGUAGGUGUGCAUUUUUAGCUCAAUUUUAUUGUCUUUUAUUACAAAGAAGUAACCUAAAGACUCAGGCCUGGUGUUUGGUGAAAUACUUGAAUUUUUUAUGAAAAUCUCUGCUGGCUGUAGAUUUACAUCUUACUGGUUUCAGAUCAUUUCUGUGCUUCAACUUUUUCUUUUCUGGUUGUAAAUGUUUUUAGGCUUUAAAAAGGGGAAAUUGAAUCUUUAUUUUGGAAACACUUGCCUCUAAAUUCAGUCACUGGUUUUAAGUAUUUGUAGUUAUAGUUAUAGAUGUUUUUAUUAACCAAUUAUUUUAUUCUUAAAUUAUAAUUAUAAAUAUGUUCAGCUGUCCAUCACCUUUUUUCUAUUGGUAUUUUUGAAAUGUGGCUCAUAAUAAAGCUCUUUUUAAGAAAAAUA